CGGCAAGGUGGUUCCAGUCUCCUCCCCCAGGCCUCUCCAGAGCGGCUGGAGGAAGCCCGGCUCUGGGAGGUUGAGGGCAGAGCUCGACCAAGCAGAUAGUCACAGAAGACCCAGAUUCCCCCUUUGCUGCCGCUCCCUGCCUGCUCUUCACCUGGUGGCAGAGACCUUCGCCUUCCUGGGGUCUGGAGGCUGAACAGGCGGGGGAAUCAGACCAGCUGUUUCCAAACUGAGGAUCGUGACUCAUUAGUGGGUCAGGAAAUCAAUUUAGCAUAGAAAUGAUCGGAGUAGGUUACAAGUAGUGGGGUGGACUUUCUCUGGACUUCGGAGAAAGCUGAGGUAAAUUCAGAGACGGGGGCUGUCCUGGACGAGUGCUGCUGGAGACAGUGCAGGGACGUGUCUGGCUGUUGACCUCAUAUGGACUUACCUGCUACCAAAGAGGCCCAGCCCUUGAUACAGCUCGAACCACAUCCUGUAAACAAGAUGGUGUCAGAGAGCCUGGCCCCUUCCCUGAGCCCAUGAGGGGCGAGGCCCCUUGAGGCCCGAAGAUGGGGAACAUCACUGAGAACAGCACGUCGCAGAACUGUUCCAUCGACCACACCAUCCACCAGACUCUGGCCCCGGUGGUCUAUGUGGCGGUGCUGGUGGUGGGCUUCCCGGCCAACUGCCUGUCCCUCUACUUCGGCUUCCUGCAGAUCAAGGCCCGGAACGAGCUGGGCGUGUACCUGUGCAACCUGACGGUGGCCGACCUCUUCUACAUCUGCUCACUACCCUUCUGGCUGCAGUACGUGCUGCAGCAUGACAACUGGUCGCACGGAGACCUGUCCUGCCAGCUGUGCGGCGUCCUCCUCUACGAGAACAUCUACAUCAGCGUGGGCUUCCUGUGCUGCAUCUCCAUCGACCGCUACCUGGCCGUGGCCCACCCCUUCCGCUUCCACCAGUUCCGCACCCUGAAGGCGGCCGUGGCCGUCAGCGUGCUCAUCUGGGCCAAGGAGCUGCUGACCAGCGUCUACUUCUUCAUGCACCAGGAGGUGGUGGAGGACUACGAGCGGCACCGCGUCUGCUUCGAGCACUACCCGCUGCAGCCAUGGCAGCGCGGCAUCAACCACUACCGCUUCCUGGUGGGCUUCCUCUUCCCCCUGUGCCUGCUGCUGGCCUCCUACCAGGGCAUCCUGCGGGCCGUGCGCCGGAGCCACGGCACCCAGAAGAGCCGCAAGGACCAGAUCCAGCGGCUCGUGUUCAGCACCGUGGUCAUCUUCCUGGCCUGCUUCCUGCCCUACCACGCCCUGCUGCUGGUGCGCAGCCUCUGGGAGCACAGCUGCCCGUUCGCCAAGGCCAUCUUCAACGCCUACCACUUCUCCCUGCUCCUCACCAGCUUCAACUGCGUGGCCGACCCCGUGCUGUACUGCUUCGUCAGCGAGUCCACCCACAGGGACCUGGGCCGCCUGCGCGGGGCCUGCCUGGCCGUCCUCACCUGCUCCAGGACCAGCCGGGCCAGGGAGACCUACACGUCAGGCGCCCCCGACACCUCGGGGAAAAGCGAUGAACCUGAGCUGCUGACCAGGCUCCACUCGACCUUCCAGGCCCCCAACUCGCCUGGGGUGGGCGGGUCCCCCACAGGCGGCUUGGCCUAGCCAGGGUCCCGCCGCCACCGCCACCGUGUCGGGCUACUUGAGGCCUGAGCUUGCCCACCGUCUGCUGCCGUUCGGCCAAGUGCAGGUUCCUCUUCCUACGGGAGGGAACGAUGGGCCUGGGCUGCCGCGAGGCCUCUCUGGUCCUGGAGCCCGCUCCAGCUUGCUGAGCUGCUGGGUGUUGUCCGCUGCCGGCCUCUGGGGAGAAGAAGACAGGGAAUUGUCACCUUCGGGAGGUUCUCAGAGACGGGAUGCUGGGGGGAGAGUGCAGAGUGUGAGGGAUGGGGACUGGGAAAGGAGGGUGGGUGUCUGGGUGGACACCUGCCCGGUCCUUCCAGUUCCAUUGUCACAGACGACACCCGUCCAAAUGCACGGCUGUUUCCUGAGGACAUGACGCACGAAGCUGUAUUGUCAUCCUUAACACUUGAGCCCCACCCCACAAAGGGGUCAGAGGGAACAUGACCUCCGAGGGGUUGGAGGGGAGAAGGAAGGUGGGGAGGUGGUCGGGCACUGGGGGCGUGUGGUUGGGGGACAGUGAAGGGAGUGACAGGAGAGGAGAGAUCCCAGCUUUGGGCGUGUCUCACUUUCACAGGGAGAGUUGAGUGGAUUCUACAAGCCCCAGGGCUGAUGGAAGACAAAUCCCAGGGCUCCCUGGAGCCAUGUCUGUGGUCCUUUUAAACAGCCAGUUCUGAAGCUCAGUGUCGGGACAGAGGCCUAAAGCCAGUGUCUAACUGAGUUCCCAACACACAGGGUUCUAAUUAAUUUUGUUUCCAUCUGCCCAGAAGCACCAGAUAUGGAAGCCAGGAACUGUGUGUGUGUGUGUGUGUGUGUGUGUGUGUGUGCGCGCACGCAUGUGCAAGAGUGCGUGUAUUCACAGUUAAAAUGCCAGGGUCUCCAUGACAGCUCUGUGCCAAGACACUGAGGCUAAGGUUAUGUGACCGCUGGCAGAGUUGUCUCCCCACCCCAGUCCCCACCUUGGCCACCUGCCACACACCAGUGGAGGGUCUAGCAGCCUCAGAGAGGACCCUGACAUUCUCUCCGAGUCCUCAGAUACAACAAAACAAAAUAGAGACUCAUUCUCUGGCAUCUCUCAGCCCAGAGGCCUGGGGUUAAGCUCCAUGAUGGAUUAAGUAGCUCCUGGGACAAGAAGAGGAGGUGGCCCCGGGCUCGCCCUGCCUCCUCCUGUUCUCCAGCGCUGCUCAUCUGCCAGAUGUCCCACCUUACCACCUGGAGGUGGUAGUGGGUCUGUAGGGCCACUUGUAGACCAGGGUACUGACCGCCAUCUUGUGUUCCAUCCUGGAAAGCUCAGGACCAGUCUCAUCUCUCCUGCAACUUCGUGCCCGACCAGGCUGAGACUCCACCCUGGUGAACAUACCAAGGACCUGAGGAACUUCUUGCUGCUCCAUAUCUGCCCACCUUUACAGAAAUGCUAGCCCUUCAGAUUUCCCGGUCAGUGGGCUGGGGCCAACUCUGACUUUCCUCAGAGUUCUGGGAUUCAAGCUCCUCACUGCCAAGGGGCUAGGUGGACUCAAGCCUGGGGAGGGACCAGCGGCAGGGAGAUACAAGCUGGCAUCUGUAGAACAUUUCUGGAAUCUGCUAAAAGGAGAGCCAAGGAGAAAAUCUUCUAGAUCUCUCUGACUCUCUCCUCCCAUCCCUUUCCAAGAGGGGGAUUUAUCCUGAGUCUCUUACCCUCCAAUCAGGGGUGGCCAGAGGCAGAUACCCCAGGUUGGAUGUGUCCCAGGGAAGUGGCUUUGGCUUUGACUAGAUAGCCCUACUCUAGCUCCUUAUGGAAGGCCUCUGGAACCUGGGGAGCUCCUCUUCCCUUCCUAGAGGAGGAAGUGACCAGAUCUGAAAGUGGCAGGAAAUGGCCAUACUGCCAAGAAAAGUCCACCCAGCCCCAGCCCAGAAUCUCACUGGGGCAAUGGAACUGGUUGAGACUCCGUGCCUCCUCAUGCCAAAUUUCCCCCUAUUUUGACCUUAAACAUGGGUGUUCCCACUAGGAGGAUGGACGGGGAUGAGCUGAGGGUGGUUCCUUUUACUAUCAAGAGUUGUAUUUUUGUAUUGUCCUCCCUUUUAUGCCAAGAAUGUGUGUGUUGGACUGUGCAAUGGACUUAUGUAGCAAACUUGAGUCUGCAAAUAAAGCAAAGUAAACAACCGUC